AUGACUAUCCGUGCUUCUCAUCUGAACGACCAGAGCCGAAGGCAUAGAUUUCUGUCGGCUGUCGGGAGCUUUCUUGCUAUAACUGGCUUCAUAGUUCAGUUUAUAGGCUUAGGUGCGCUACACUGGUCUGCCACAAUUAUCGUACUUGGAGUCAGUUUCAUCAUGAUGAUCAUAAGAGCAUUUGUUCGGAGGGGCCUUGCAAAAGACCCUUCAUGUGUUUCAAUUCCAGAGAAGUUUGAAUUGGUUUGGCUCGCACUACGCAGCGUUAGAAAUGACUGGAAAGAUGUUUUGACUGCAGCAGAUGACAAUAAUCACUCAAUUCCUUCACGAGAUUGUGAUUGGGGGAUUUUGACAGGGUUGAUCCAAAAAGAUCCAGUGAACGGCUUAUACGCCUGGCAACCAGCACUUUUAACAGCUAAGAGGCCCAAAUCUGGGAAUACUCUCAAGGAUUCUAUUGGCAACGAAACGGAACUGGAACAGUUAUCUAAACAUGAAUUCAUUCUUGGGUUUCGUGGAUUUCAUUCUCAAAAGUCUUAUGAGAUGCAUGCCAUUAGAAGGCAAAUCUCAAUUGUACCAGACAUACCUCGGGGGGAAUACACCGAUCUCGCUUCGAAAUUGGCAGCGGCCAUGAUAGGGGUUAUGAAUAUCAUGAACAUGAGCGGUAACAUAGUUUGGAAAAAUAAAGGCCGUCCGCCUUGGCUCAAUCACCACUGGUGGGUUGACGUGCAGCAGGGCUUACGAGAGCAGCCCCUCAAGUUUUGGGUCGUUGACAUGGGCCCUAUCCCAGACAAAGCCGCUUUGACUGAGCAACUUACUGCAGGUCUUUCCCUCUGGAUGUACUCUUUACUUUGUCAGAAAAACUCGUUGGAUCGUUUAUGCAAUCAAAAUGAUCUAAGAAACUCAAACGCUGCUUUUUUACGGAUUAUAGGCAGCUCAGAUUCCUGCACAGCAGAGCAAAUGGAAGUCUGGAUGCCAGGUACAGCACUCGACUCGAUUACUAGCUCUAAUUUCGAAGGUCUGCAUGUGCCCAGGCGGGAACCUCUAUCAAGCUGGCCUGUAUUUGGUGUUUAUUAUUCGGCCUCAUUCAAAAUGUUAGAUCCUAUCAAUGCCAAGACUGAAAGAACCUUUACCUUGCGAUCUGCAGAAGACGCUAAACCCCAGGACAUUGUUAUCAAGACCACAUCUCGCGAGAGCUUCGAAAUUGAGUGUGCUUUGGAAAUAUUUUCCUUGUUUAUGCUUUCACUCUGUAUGUCCGUGGAUCGUGUGAAAGGCGAAACGGUCCAGAUAGUGAAUUGGCUAACCGAAGAAAUGGGGGAAGAAAUGAUUAACUCUGUAUUCACAGCUCUGGCCCAGGAAGUCAUUGAUGCAGGACUUGAGAAUAAUACCGACCUCGCUUUGCGGUACAUUAUUCCCGCGUUCGCCAAAUUCCGUUUGCUCCCCAAGUGUAGGAGCAACCCAGUACGGGCUCCAAGGGAACGAAAAAUCAAAAAGCAUCAAAAUGCUCAUGUUGCCGCAACGUUGUGGUGA